CUCUUCUCCUAUAUACAAACCAUGAAUACUCUUCAUCAUCAUCAUCUUCCUCUCCUCCUCCUUUUCCUCCUCUUCACAAGCCCGGCCCAGGCCCAAGCCCAAGCCCAAUCACCCGCCGCCUUCUCAUGCGACGGCAACAACGUAACCAACCGCCAAAUACCCCAAAACAUCAACCGCCUUUUGACCACACUAGUCUCCGGCACCAUCCAAAAUGGGUUCAUCACGGCCUCCUCCGGCAGAGGCCCGGCCCAAAUCUACGGGCUAGCCCAAUGCAGAGGCGACGUGCCCAACAAUGAAUGCUCUGCCUGCAUCCGCGAAGCGGCCCGGAUCGUCCGCGACUCGGACCACUGCCCCACCCAGUCGGGCGCCCGCAUAUGGUACGACUUCUGCUUCCUCAGGUACAACACGAACAGCUUCGCUGGCCAGCUUGACACGUCCGGGUGGAUUCUGUACAACGUGAAUAACGUCACGGACCCGAGCGCAUUUAACGAGAAGUUGGGGGACUUGAUGCGCAAUAUAAGCUCUGAGGCGGUGAGGCCUGGGCGGAGGGGGCUCGGGAAAGGGACACGCGGGCUAACGCCCCUCCGUACGCUCUACGGUCUGGUGCAGUGCACCAGGGACUUGUCCGAGCUGGCGUGUGCGCAGUGCCUGGCCACGGCUAUUUUUCCGGACGUGUGCGUGAAUAGGGAGGGUUGUCGGGUUUUGUUCGGAAGCUGUUAUGUUAGGUACGAGUUGUACCCGUUUUUCUUCCCGCUCGAGUCGGGCAGGUCGACGGGUCGUGGGCCGGGUUCGGUGACGGUUAAGAAAGUCGGUCACUUGGGUUUUGGAGAAGUGAAAGCAGAAGAUGUACCGGAAGAUACGGUUAAGGUUAAUAGCUUUCACAGGGUUUUCUAUGGCACAACACUUAUUGAGUUCUCAAGUGAGGACGAUGCUGCAAACAUUUUGAAGCAGAAAGAGCCAAUCAAGAGGAAGAAGCUGCAAAGACACGUCCUCAGGACAAUAAAGAUGUUAUAA